AUGUCCAAACAACAAAUUGGGUUCUGGGAACCGAAGUUCGACCUCCAAAAUGUCGCCGCUCAUGCCACCCUGCUACCUGAUACCAGGAUCCUGUACUGGGGUCGACGAAGGACACCCUUGGUCCCUAACCCAACAGCCACAGACUGGGACGUGCAAGAAACCAAAGCUUACCUCUUGGAUCUCAGCAACAAGCAAAGCAAGAUGACGGCCUCUCAGCCGAAGAAUGGCGUCAAUCUCUUCUGCUCUGGCCACUGCCAUCAGCCCGACGGGACGGUGAUCGUCUUCGGCGGGCAUAUCAAGGAUGGCUUCGGAAGUGAUCAGGCCUGUGUAUUCCAUCCUGGCACCGACACAUGGACCGACAUAGGCCCAAUGCAGGAGGAAGUGGGUCGUUGGUACCCUUCGGCGAUCACACUCCCUGAUGGUAACGCCUUCGUUAUGUCUGGAUCCUCGACCAAUAACUACCAGGGCAACCCGAAUUCGCAGGUCCGGACCAGUGACAAGUGGAUGCCUGUCGAAGGCCUGAAAAACCCUCCUCCCCUUUAUCCGAAGAUGCAUAUAAGUCCGAAGGGCGAUGUCUUUAUAACAGGGCCACAAGCACAACUGCAGGUCCUCACAGGGGUCAACGGUGGCGCGGGUUCGGGUAAGUUCAAAUUGCUGAAGACCCAACGUGCUGCCGCCUGGCGUGAGUACGCCCCUUCGGUUCAAUAUGACAAGGGCAAGGUCAUUUUCAUCGGAGGUGGGGUCAACAGCGAACCGAACAGCCAACCUACCAACAAGGUCGAGUUACUGGAUCUGAACAUAAACGAGGAGGAUAUUGACUGGACGGAGGCAACGCCCAUGAAUGUUGCGAGGACGCAUCACAACGGUACUGUGUUACCGGAUGGCACCGUGCUGGUGACCGGAGGCACUUCAGGGACAGGGUUCAACAAUACAGAUCAUCCGAAUCCGCAGCACCGGGCGGAACUAUGGGAUCCCAAGACCGGAAAAUGGACCUGGAUGGCUCCGGAGGAUGUCGAUCGCUGCUAUCACUCCGUCGCACUACUGCUGCCCGACGGCCGAGUGUUCUCAGCCGGUUCUGGCGAGGGCGCCGGGGCAAUGGGACCCAAUUCUCACACCGACGCGCAAAUCUUCAACCCGCCCUACUUGUACAAAAGCCCCGUCAGGCCAGUCAUCUCAGCCCCACUGCCGCCGAAGAGCACCACGUAUGAGACCAAGACGUUUGAAGUCAACGUCACCCUUGCCGCCGGCGACUCGAUUGGCAAAGUGAGCUGGGUGCGCCUCGGCUCGGUGACGCAUUGUGCCAACUUUGGUCAAUCACUCAUCUUCCUGGAUUCGGAUCACAAGGCCCCGAAGCUCACGGUGCAAGCUCCCACCGAUCCCAACCUGACACCGCCAGGUCAUUAUAUGCUCUUCGUGUUGAACCAGCUCGACGUGCCGACCGUGGCGCACAUCAUGCACAUCGGAUAUCCGGCAGGGCAUGUCGUCCACAAAGACCAGGCGGCCAUUACAAAACGUGUAGCCCGGGCCAAAGACCUCGAAGUCGAUUUCCACGCGCUCGACCAACAAGUCAUCGCCGAACAAGCCCGACCGGCCGUCAUCGUGGGCAUCACGCCCGCGUGCCCUUAUGGACUGGGUCCGUGCUGGUCCGGGGCUUACCACGGGCUGCAGGCCGUCAAGGACAUCGACGUGGUCCGCCGCGUCGCGAGCCAGGACGAUUCAGUCGCGUUCGUCUACCUCAAGCAAGACGUCCUGCCGGACAUCGACAUGUGGAGGCGUGAAUUCGAAUCCGUGGCAAACAAACAGUAUGUCAUGCGGGGCAUCGAAUUGACGCUUUUCGGCCACGUUGCCAAACAUCAACUUGGUCCUGAGGAGCAGCUAUCGCUUGCUGGUACCGCGACGCGACCGGAGCUGUUCCUCGCGCCGUUCCAGGCAGCUAGCAAGAUUGAAUGGGAUCGACACGCCAAUGCCCCGAAACCCGUGUCGGAAGCAGAGGCCCGUGCGUACGAUCGCCUGUUCGCGGCAGUGGCGGACCAUCCCAAGGGCGUGACCGCACAGGUGACGGGGCGGCUCCAGAAACACGGCGAUGGCAUCUUCUCUCUCGACGUUCGGGAUUUCAAGGUCGAUGCAUCGUCCUAG